AUGGCUCAGGAGCUUUUAGAACUUUACAAAUCUACUCUUCAACCAGAAUCAAUACAAUCUGCAACCGAAAAAUUACUUUCACUAUACGAAGAUCCAAAAAUAAUAUUUACCCAGCUUCAAUUAUUAAAUAUCACACGAAACCCAAUAUACAGAGAAGCAAUAACAAUCGGAUUGAAAGCAGUACUUAAAAAUCAUUGGAUAACAAUACAUAAUGAUCCAGAAUCUCAGCAAAUUCGAGGAAUUUUAAUCGAAAUUUUAGCAAGGGAAAGUAUUCCGAAACUUCGAACUAUGCUGAUCGAUGCAAUUUCAAUUAUAAUCGCAAAUGACUUAGAAAAUUGGCCAGAAUUUGUUGAUUUUAGGAAUUCAUUAUCAAAUUCUUCUUCAACUGACGAACUUUCUUUUUACUUACAACUAGUUACAGCUUCUAUUUCGUAUUUACCUGGUAGUUUUAUCGUAAACAACGCAGAAAGCAUCGGAUUUCAAAUUUUACGAGGCGUAUCAUUAAAUGACGAAUCUGUUGUCAAUUCUGCAUGCCAAUUAUUUAUUGAAUUUACAAAUACUGUUAAUUUAGGAGAAGAUAUAUCUUUACAAAUUGCAGAAAAAUUAUUAGCCAAAAUCAGACAAAAUAAUCAAUUAUCAAUCUUGUUUGCAACAUUGUCAAAGUUCAUUGAAACUUCAGAAGAAUUUGAAGAUCCGAGUUUUAUAUUUAUUGAAAUUCUUGAAUUGAUGGCAAAUGACGAAAUUGAAAAGCGGUAUUUACUUAUUGAUCCUCUCAACUCUCUCAUUAAACGUUAUACAAUUCAAGCUACCCUUAUUUUACAAGAAAUUGUUAAUGCAGUAAUUAGUUUAGGCAAUGAUUAUCUAAAUGAUGAUUGCUAUGAUGAUCAGACAGAUUCUCUUUAUGUUGCUAGAGCCAUUGGAAAAUUAGCUAAGAAUAUUGGUGGAAAUUUCGUUUACGAGCUUCUUGAAAUGUUUUCAUUAAUUACUUUUGAUACUUCCACAAUAUUUUUGGUCAUGUGUUAUUCAGAACUUUUAGAUAAUGAUGCACUCACCAUGAAUAAAUACUAUAGCUCACUUUAUUCUAUGUCAUUAGGUUUAAUUCAAAACUCAGAUCAUUUAUCAAUUGAAGCUUCUCUUACUUUACUUUCACAGUUAUUUGAUAAUUGCAUGGAAGGAUUUUUCAGUCAACCAGAAGUACUUUUCCAAUAUGUGUUCGAAGCAGCAAGAAGUGAAUGCGAAAAUGCUGCAAUAAAAGCACUUACUUUAGCUUCGAAAAUGAUAUUAUACUUUACUUCAAUUCCUUUAACAAUAUAUGAUGAUAUAAUUCCUUUUCUUACAAGUCAAAUACAAAUGAUAUCAACACCAACUUUGCAGUAUAAAGCUGUCAUUUGUUUGACAACAAUUAUUCUUACAUGUGGUGAACUUGUCAAAAAAUUCGCUGAAGAUAUCUUUGAGUUAUAUUCAACGGCAUUAGAAAGUGGAAAUGAAAAUCCUAUGUUACAAUUGCAUGGAUUGGAAGGAAUGUCCAUUUUCAUCAAUUAUUUCCCAGAAAUGACACAAAGUGCACAUGAAAAUUGUUUAAAUUUGAUAUUAGAAGCAAUAACAAGUCAAGAUACAUCAGUUCUUGUUUCAGGAUUGACAUCAUUAAAUUAUUUAAUUAGAUCGGGUAUUUCAAUACUUCCAGAUCUCCAAACAUAUCUUCAGCCUGUUUUACAAGCAUUAUCAUACACAGUAGAUACAGAGAUGGCUUCACAAGACUUAACAGAAUCAGUGAAUGAAAUUCAUCAAACAAGUUUCAAAAUUUUGAAGAAAAUUUUGAAACACAACGUAUUUGAUGAAGAAUCAUUGAACAAUGUCAUUAACAUAUCAAUGACGGCAUUUUUAACACAACCUAAUUUCGAAACACAAUCAAUUGCUUUGUCAGUGUUAGUUUUGGCAGCUAAAAAUAAUGCAGAAUUGAAAGAUAAAUUAUGUGACAAACUUCUUGGAUUCAUCACAGGAUCAUCUCAACAGAGAUUGAUUGCUUUUAAUGGUUUGUGUUCUAUGGUUUCUAAUAUUGAUGAUUUCAAUCCAGAACUAAUCACAACAUCUGUUGAUAUUGCCAUCCAAACACUUGAAGAUUUAAUUGAUGUUCCACAAGAUGAUGAAGAUGAAGAUGAUGAUAAAAUGAAAGAGAAAAUUAUGAAAGAUUCUAACUUAGAAAUAGAAAUUUUCAAUUUCUUGCAUCAAGUUGCUUUCAAGUUCCCACAACACAUGCCUAUUGAAGAUUUGCAUGAAAUGCUGGUUACUUUCGAAGAAUUAGUUUCACAAUUCGAUUAUGUUGAAACAUUAGGAAUUUUCGUUGAAAUAUUUGAUAAAAGAUACAACGAAUUUCCUGUUGUUUUGAGGACAGAUAUUGUUAAAAGAAUAUUGUCACAACUCGAAGAGAAUGAUUAUUUAUUACCUGCGCAUGCAAUUUCUGGAAUCAGAACAAUUAUCGAGAAAGAAAACAAUGUCAAAGAUGAAUACUGGGAACAAAUUGCUCCUGUUGCAGAUUAUUUAUUUAAAGAAGAGUUUGAUGGCACAUACUAUUUCUUCACAGCUGUUGGAUCUUUAAUUUCUCUAUUGAUAACUGUUUACAAAGUCAAGCCACAACUUAUUGAUGAAAAUAUCUGGAAUGAUAUUUUCAACAAUAUUCCUAAAUAUCUUCCAAACUCAGAAUCAGACAACAUAUUAGAUGGAUUGUGUCUUGUUGUUGAACAAAGAAAUUAUCAUAGUGAAGAAAUGAUUAAAGACAUUUUAUUUGUCUUUCUUUAUGUUUUGACAUCAAGUGAACGAUUCAAGAAGAAAACAUUGGAGCUCAAAGAUGAAACAGUUCCAAAGAUAUGUCAUUCAGUUCACAUUAUUUGUGAACGAGAUUUACAAUGCGAUAUUACAAAUGUUUUUGACAACUUUGAAGAUUUCAAUGUUAAUGCCGCAUUAAUUGAAAAAGCAAUGAAUUUGUUGAAUCAAUACAAAUAA